AGUUAGGUUAAUUUUUAGUUGUGUAGUUGAAAUAUGUUGUAGUUGUAGUUGAAACAUAACAAAAUUGUUCAUGAUAGUAUGAAACGAAUGCGAAUGCAUUACGAAAACAGAGAAACCAUGGUAUAUUUACGUGACUGGAAGCAAGCAUUACGUUCUCCUCAUGUCUACAGAGUUGCCAACAGUACUUUUCGCAUUCAAAGUCAAUAUUUGGCUUUAAUUUUCUUAUUCUUGUUGGUUCCUCUAAUCUUAUUUGGAUAUACUUCGUUGCGUGCAAUUGUACAUUCGUCGUCAUCAAAUGAAUUUUUAACACAGUGCAGACACUACAAGUACAAUAAAACAUACCCUUUAUCAGCUCCAAUUAGGACAUCUAAGGGUAUUACUUACCGUAUAGCAAUAGUAAGCGAUCUUGAUCAUGAUUCCAAAAAUUUAAAUAAAAGGAAUAUAUGGCACAGUAUUAUGAAAACUGGAAGUCUUUUUUGGAAUCCCAUUACAAAUUUUAUUUCCGUCAUUUGGGAUGAUAGAAAUCAAAUGUUAACGUCAUCUUUAACUAUGAAAGGACGUGGUAUGGAAUUGUCUGAAUUAAUUGUCUUCGAUGGACAUUUAUUGUCUUUCGAUGAUCGUACAGGAGCUAUAUAUUUUAUCGAAGGUGAAGAAGCUUAUCCAUGGGUUAUUUUAAUGGAUGGCAAUGGUAAAAAUUCUAAAGGGUUCAAAUCUGAAUGGGCAACUGUUAAAGACGAACAUCUGUAUAUUGGUAGUACAGGCAAAGAAUGGACUACUCCUUCAGGAGAAUUUGAAAAUAAUAAUCCCCUUUGGAUAAAAAUAGUAUCUCCACGUGGUGAAAUCCAAUCAUUGAAUUGGAUUUCAAAUUAUAAAAGAUUAAGACAAGCAAUUCAUAUUGAAUUUCCUGGCUAUAUGAUUCAUGAAUCAGGAGCUUGGAGUGAUAUACACAAAAAUUGGUUCUUUUUGCCAAGGAGAUGUUCUCACGAAUGCUAUAAUGAAACUAAAGAUGAAAUAAUGAGUUGCAAUGUAUUAUUGGCCACAGAUGAAAAUUUUGUAGACAUUAAGGUUACAAAAAUUGGUAAUUUAGUUCCAACUAGAGGUUUUUCAAGUUUUAAAUUUUUACCAGGUUCUCAGGAUUCAAUUAUUAUUGCACUUCAAACUGAAGAAUAUCAAGGACAGACUGCAACAUACAUCGUAGCAUUUACAAUUGAUGGAAAUAUAAUAAUGCCUGAGACUAAAGUGAUAGAUAAGAAAUUUGAGGGUCUGGAAUUCAUAUGA